AAUUUGACAUCCCGCCUAAACCCGGGGUUCUUUUCGUCCGCAAUUGAAUUUCAAUUUCCCAAAUAAUUAUUGUCACCGCCUUUCAAAGCCCAAUCCCCUCUCUUUCUCUAUAUCACUCACACACACACAAACCCUAACCCUAAUACGUUCGUUGAAGCGGUAGGAAUUCAUCCGUCCUUUUAGCUGAGUUUCGCACACUUCGAUCAAUCCACACAGUAUCAGUUACUAAUUCGACACUGUAGUUGCAGGAAUCGCCAUGAAAGGCCGUAAAUCUAAGUCAGAGUCAAAGAAAUCAGACACCAAGCUUUCUGUGAAUACAGCCCCUGCCAAAUCAUCCAAGAGAAAGGCAGCGGUGGACCCUAACAAACCAAAGAGGCCUGCCAGUGCUUUUUUUGUUUUCUUGGAAGACUUCAGAAAGCAGUUCAAGGAAAAGAAUCCUAACAACAAAUUAGUGUCUGCUGUAGGCAAAGCUGCUGGAUCCAAAUGGAAGGCAAUGUCUGAUGCUGAGAAAGCACCAUAUGUUUCAAAGUCAGAACAGCGGAAGAAGGAUUAUGAAAAGAACAUGGACGCCUACAACAAGAAAUUGGCUCGAGGUACAAAUGCUUCUGAGAAUGAGUUGGAGUCUGACAAGUCCAGGUCUGAAGCCAAUGAUGAGGAAGAUGAAGGAUCGGAGGGCAGUGGAGAGGUGGAAGAUAGCGAGUAGAAUUCAGUAUGAUUGGCGGGCACUUCUGGUGUUUGAUAGCUUCUAUGUUAUGUUAAUCCCUUGCUCGCAUUUUGAUAUAUUCCGGUGACAAGUAUAUUGUCCCUGCCCUUUCAUUUUGUUUUACCCGCCAAUUUAAUGGAUAGUUGACAGAACUUAUGAAUUUUGUAGAGCAAGUUAAUCUUUUAUUUGGUUUAGUUUACAAAAA